UUCUGUCUGUAGGUUCUGAGCAUUUUUUAAACACAGCAUUUGUCUUUUUUUUUUUGAAUAAGGCGGGCACAAAGCCACACAGAAAAGUGUCUGUAAUCUCCCUUCCCAGAUAGCUUCUGUCAUCAAAAAUAGCGAAGCAGAACACCAUAGAUGCUUACAAGGUUAAAAAUGCACAUGCCAAAAAAGGUUCCAAAUGAAAUGUAAAGCCUUUCCUUCCCACUCUCUCUUGGUUAAGUUUCUUUUGAUUUCCCCCAAAGUUUAAGUGAUGCGUGUUUCUCCUCUUAGCCCCUGCACCAUCACCCGACCGUCCAGAGAAAACCAGUGUGUAUUUCCCCAGAUUUUUUUUUGGAGGCCUCUUUUGUUUCCAUUAUCCUUGCAUGGGAUCACACUUUACAUGUGGUUCUGCUGCUUGCGUUGGACGUCUCUCUGUGUGAGUUUCCCAGCCUGGUACCAUCUGAAGGCGGGGCAGCUGACAUCAGAGGGUGAGGGGAUGUUGCCCCGAGACUGCCGUGUGCCCGGUGGGCUAGACAGGCCUGUGAAUGGUGGGACGGCGCACCCGAAGCAAGCAGGCCACUGCACUGGUGACUCAGGGCUCACAGUUCGGCCAGCAGGCCCUGCAGGACAAGGGGUGCAAGAGCAAGAGUCAGGGGACGAAAGAAGAGAAACUCCUGAAGAGGCAGGCGCCGGCCCCCAGGCGGGACCGGGAGGCCCGGGAAGCUGGUGGCACCAUGAAUGUAGAGAAAACAGCUCCUGUCAAAAGCAGGGCGAGGGUGGCAGCCUCAAAGACGCCACCGCCUGCAGAGAGAGGCCCGACUCCCUCUUGCAUCCGUGGGUCCACCAGGGACCUAGAAGCCCUAGGACAGGGCUUCCCUCUGCUGCCUUGAGACUGGGAAAGAGAAGCCGGUGGCUCUACUCUUCUCCAGUGAGGCUGACAGGUUCUGGAAGAUUCUGUGGGCCCCCUUGGUGGGGUUUCCCAGCAGGAACCCAGAGCCCAGCAGUUAUUGGGAAAGAGCAUCCUCAAGGAACCCGAGGGGAAGGCCAAGAGCAAGGGGAAAAGGAGCUGACCUUUCUCUCGUUUGCCUCCUCCUGUCACCAGAGGUUGAUCUGUGUGUCUGAACUUGUGAGGUGGAAGGAACCACUGCCUUCUCUGAGAUUGAUCCAGAGCUGCCUUCACCCAUCUGGGGGUGGGCGGCUCUUUGGCAGCGGGAGGUGCUCGAGCCUGUCGGGGCCGCCAGGUGCGGCCCCUGUGGUACAUAGGAUGGUGGAGGCCAUGUCCCAGCUGCAGGAGGAGAAAGCCCAGCUGCAGGAGGAGCUGGUGGCCCUACAGGAGAGGCUGGCUGUCCGCGGCAGUGAUCAGCAAGCCACACCCACCCAGCUGCAGAACCAGGUGGAACACCUCAAGGAGAAGCUCAUAAGCCAGGCCCAGGAAGUGAGCCGCCUUCGAUCGGAGCUGGGAGGCACCGACUUGGAGAAGCACCGGGACCUGCUGAUGGUGGAGAAUGAGCGACUGAGGCAGGAGAUGCGGCGCUGCGAGGCAGAGCUGCAGGAGCUGCGGGCCAAGCCGGCGGCCCCCUGCACGGGCUGCGAGCACAGCCAGGAGAGCGCCCAACUCCGCGACAAGCUGUCCCAGCUACAGCUGGAGGUGGCGGAGAACAAAGGCGUGCUGUCAGAGCUGAACCUGGAGGUGCAGCAGAAGACCGACCGGCUGGCCGAGGUGGAGCUGCGGCUCAAGGACUGCCUGGCCGAGAAGGCGCAGGAGGAGGAGCGGCUCAGCCGGCGCCUGCGCGACAGUCACGAGACCAUCGCCAGCCUGCGGGCCCAGUCGCCACCUGUCAAGUACGUCAUCAAGACGGUGGAGGUGGAGUCGUCCAAGACCAAGCAGGCCCUCAGUGAGUCCCAGGCCCGGAACCAGCACCUGCAGGAGCAGGUGGCCAUGCAGAGGCAGGUGCUGAAGGAGAUGGAGCAGCAGCUGCAGAGCUCGCACCAGCUGACCGCACAGCUCCGGGCGCAGAUCGCCAUGUACGAGUCGGAGCUGGAGCGGGCACACGGGCAGAUGCUGGAGGAGAUGCAGUCCCUGGAGGAGGACAAGAACCGGGCCAUCGAGGAGGCCUUCGCCAGAGCCCAGGUGGAGAUGAAGGCCGUGCACGAGAACCUGGCAGGCGUCCGGACCAACCUGCUGACACUGCAGCCGGCGCUGCGGACCCUGACCAAUGACUACAACGGGCUCAAGCGUCAGGUGCGCGGCUUCCCGCUGCUGCUGCAGGAGGCCCUCAAGAGUGUCAAGGCCGAGAUCGGCCAGGCCAUCGAGGAGGUCAGCUGCAACAACCAGGAGCUGCUGCGCAAGUACCGCCGGGAGCUGCAGCUGCGCAAGAAGUGCCACAACGAGCUCGUGCGGCUGAAAGGGAACAUCCGGGUGAUUGCCCGUGUCCGGCCAGUCACCAAAGAGGAUGGAGAAGGACCUGAGGCGACCAAUGCUGUGACCUUUGAUCCCGACGAUGACUCCAUCAUUCACUUGCUGCACAAGGGAAAGCCUGUCUCCUUCGAGCUGGACAAGGUCUUCUCCCCGCAGGCCUCACAGCAGGACGUGUUCCAGGAGGUGCAGGCCCUGAUCACCUCCUGCAUCGACGGCUUCAACGUCUGCAUCUUUGCCUACGGCCAGACGGGUGCUGGCAAGACAUACACGAUGGAGGGGACCCAUGAGAACCCAGGCAUCAACCAGCGGGCCCUGCAGCUGCUCUUCUCCGAGGUGCAGGAGAAGGCGUCCGACUGGGAAUACACCAUCACUGUCAGCGCGGCCGAGAUCUACAACGAGGUCCUCAGGGACCUGCUGGGGCAGGAGCCCCAGGAGAAACUGGAGAUCCGGCUGUGCCCAGACGGCAGCGGGCAGCUGUAUGUGCCAGGGCUGACGGAGUUCCGGGUGCAGAGCGUGGGAGACAUCAACAAGGUGUUUGAGUUCGGCCACACCAACCGCACCACAGAGUUCACCAACCUGAACGAGCACAGCUCGCGCUCGCACGCCCUGCUCAUCGUGACGGUGCGCGGCGUGGACUGCAGCACUGGCCUCCGCACCACAGGGAAGCUGAACCUGGUGGACCUGGCCGGCUCCGAGCGUGUGGGCAAGUCGGGGGCCGAGGGCAGCCGCCUGCGGGAGGCACAGCACAUCAACAAGUCGCUGUCGGCCCUGGGGGACGUCAUUGCUGCCCUGCGCUCCCGCCAGGGCCACGUGCCCUUCCGCAACUCCAAGCUCACCUACCUGCUGCAGGACUCACUCAGUGGGGACAGCAAGACCCUCAUGGUGGUGCAGGUGUCCCCCGUGGAGAAGAACACCAGUGAGACGCUCUACUCCCUCAAGUUUGCUGAGAGGGUGCGCUCCGUGGAGCUGGGCCCCGGGUCCCGCAGGGCAGAGCUUGGGUCCUGGUCCAGCCAGGAGCAUCUAGAGUGGGAGCCAGCUUGCCAGACGCCACAGCCCUCGGCACGAGCCCAUUCGGCCCCUGGGUCUGGGACCAGUAGCCGCCCAGGCUCCAUCAGGAGGAAGCUGCAGCCCUCGGCCUGACGGCUGGGGCUGCAGAGUCUCCAGGGAGGUCGAGGCCAUUGCCCGUGUGAUGGACACAUCCACCCUGCCGGACCAGGGGCUGGGUCCCGACGCCUGGCUGGUCUGCUCCUGCUGCAGCGCCUGCAGCCUGCGAGGCAGAGGCCAGCGUGGAGGCUCCUCUUUCGCCCCGUCUCCCCUCAGAGAUGAGGAACGUGUUCCGAAGGAAACAGUGUCUCUUGGUUGGGGCUCUCGGGCGCAAGUGGCACGGGCUGGAAGGGCAGGCCCGGGACAUCAGAGCGGGCCCUCGUGGGGAGGGCGGGCGUGUGUGCGAGGGUGGGCUCUCGCCCGGGCUGCCCCCCCCCCCCCCCCCCAGCCUGCAGGGCCUCUCCCUAGUGGGGGGGCUGAGGAGCCCCCCGCCGGAAGGCACAGAAACCGUGGGAACUGGGCGGCUGGUGGGCAGCCCGGCCCCCCUCUUCGGCUCCCAGUGAGUGCAGCGUCUCACUGGGCAUGUACACAGUGUUCCCAGCUAGACAGGAGCACGGCCCCUGCCACCGCGGGCCGGGCUGUAUUUGUGGCCGGCAGGAGGCCAGCGGGCGAGGACCUUGCUGCUCCCCUCGUCUGCCUGGCAUCAGGCUGUCUCCUUGCUCGCUGGCUUCUUGACAUUUUCCUCCCUCUGAAAUCCUAUUUAAGAACUUUUGGAAGCUUAGCCAUUUUUACUUAUUAAAAUAACCU